AUGACCGAUUACUCAAGCACCUCACUUGACGAGGCAUUGAGAGGCUGCAAGGCCCUAAUCUCCACUAUAGUGGACAUUUCCCAGACUUACGUCGAUAUACACCUCCAACUCUUGGCUGCUUGCCGGCGAAGCGCGUCUUGCAAACGUUUCAUUCCAUCCGAGUUUGCAGGCAACACUCGCGACUAUCCCGAUCAGCCAGCUUACUUCCGAAACAUCAAUGAACGUGUCCGACAGGCCUUGAAGCAGCAAGACCAAGUCGAGUGGACUAUUGUCUGUAUCGGACUUUUCGCAGAUUAUUUUGUCCCGGUGUCGAACCGAUACAAUCGACAUAUGAGAGAGGGGCCAUUAAUUGACUUUGAUAAUGAGAAAUUCUCUGUCCCCGGAAGCUUGCAAGACUCUAUCGAUAUCACUCUCGCGCGAGAUGUGGUAAAAGGGCUUGUAGCAUUGGUGAAGGGGCCAAUUUGGGCACUAUACACCUUCAUGUCGGGUCAAAGACUUACAUGGCGGGAAAUCGUGGAUACGAUCAGGCGAGAGCGUCCCAAGUUUACAGUUCAAGUCAGCACCCUGAACGAGGUAAUUGACACGCUUAUGCCUGGUAAUUCAGCGGACGAUAUCACUUUUGCACAAUUGCAGAUGUACUCCGCGUCUGGUGCUGCAAGACGUCCAGAACGAGAGGUAGAAAAGCAGAAGCAGGAGUACUUUAGAGAUAUACAUUUCCACACAUUGCAAGAGAUUUGGAACCAGUUUAAUGAUAAUAAGACUAUUAUUUUUUGA